AUGCAGUUACCGAUCUUUUUUCUCAAGGUGAAUGGCUAUCGUGCUGUGAUUGUCGGUUGGGAUCUGACCGCGAAAGCAUCUAAGGAGUUCUUAGAAAGAGUACAUAAGGGUGAUCAGGAUAGGAUCAACAGUCCGCAUUAUGCAGUGUUGAUAGACGUACGGGACCGUCUAGUGCCACAGCUCGGUUACAUUCAUCAGGAUAACAUAGAACCAUAUGCGGGAAGGAUUAUUCAUAAUCUAGUCAGUAGUUAUAUGGAGAGGUACGACGAAUCAAAGCACAGGUGAGC